GUGGCACGAGGAAAAUGCUGUGAAAAUAUGGGGCGAUCAAGCGGUAAGCUAUCAGGAGACGCAGCGACACGCCAAUCGGAUGAAAUGCAGACGUACCGGACUUCACUUGCAACGGCACACCAGCAUGGACGAAGACGACGAGGAUGAGGACUGUUAUCCGGACGGCCCCCAUGUGGACGCCUCCGACAAAGGUGGCACGGAAAGCGCCAAUGGUGGCGGCUGCCAGCGUCCCACGGCGGUAACAUCAGCAGCAGACCGGCCGUCUGCCAUGGACAGCGGCGGCAGCCGCUUGUCCCCAGCUAAGGCUCUCCCGCCGGCGCCGCCGACAGCGGCAACGCGCGUCAAGUUCGACGCGCAUAGCGACCCGCCGGGAGCCCUCACCACCUGUUACAUGAACACCGACAGUGACCUUCCUGCCCCCGCGGCGCCCUGCAUCGACUUCCUCAAUCGCUAUGGCGAUGGCGCCGCACAGCCCGAUACCAAGACGGCCCCGUGGAUGCACCCUGAUCCCACUGCCCCACCCGGCCUCCCCCCUGGCAGUGGCGGCGACCCCUCCGAAUCCCAGGAUGGGAUGAGCUUCUGUAACGCCGCCCACAUGUCCUGCAUGUCCUGGGGCUCCUCCUCCUCCCUCUUAUGCGGCCCGCUCUCCGGGAAUGUCGCAGGCUUUGGGUCAGUUCGGGAGCUCGAAACGAGCGGUGACUGCGGUUCUGGCCCCGGUGGCAGUGGCAGUGGCAGCGGCGUGGGCACCACCGCCAUCGGCAUGGGGUUGCCUUCCGCACUGUGGAACCGGGCGGCCAAGCGGACGCGCGACUCGGCAGCAGUGGUUGCGUGUGGUGGCCCGUGCCCGAGCGAUGGCAUAGGCAAUGACGUUAUGGCCGCCCCCAGGCAUAGUACAGAUCAGCUGCUGCAGCUGCAGCCCGAGAUCAUGUCGCGCCGCCCGCUGCCGCCGCCGCGGGUGAACCCUUUUGCGGAGGUCGCAGCAGCAGCAGCAGCCGCGGCCGGCCUACCGGCGGUCACAUCCGUCCCUGCCGCGCGUGACGCCGCCGCGCUUCUCCUCAGCGCCGCCGCCAUGGCCCCACCGCGGGUCGUCCCGCGGUUGAACCUCCGGGUUGAGCCCCCUUGGCUGCAGCGAGCCGGCGUCGAACUGGAUGCGAUCAUGCGGGAAGUCGGGCUGUUUCUCGAUGAAGCCAAGCCGACGGGCGUGCUGCCGGGCGUGCUUGGGCGACCCCGUGUGUUGUGCUCCAGCGAUCCCCUGAGGCUGCCUGAGCCCAGGCAGCAUGCCACCAUCUCCGACCACACAACGAAGUGCUGGCACUACAUCAGCCCGUCGGGCUCACAGGAGGGCCCAUUCGCCGCCCGCUCGCUGCUGUCGUGGCUGGCCAAGGGCCAGCUUCAAGGCAGCUUCUACGUACAGCACGGCCCCAGCCGCACAUGGAUGCCGUUGUGGAUUCUGGCGAAGCACUUUGAGCUGCUGUCCAAGGGAGUCCAGGAGGGCAGUACGUAUGCGCCGAUGCCGUGGCCCAUCCCGCUCUCUACCGGCGACGAUGACGUGUUGAUGUCCGACGUGGAGGUAGCGGCUGAAAUCGCACAGCUGAGGCAACAGCAGGAUUUUUUGGAGGCCAUUGCGGAGGUGGUGUCCAUGGACGUGGACUCGGUGGGUGUCACCGCGAGUGAGUGGCAGCUGAUGACCCACGGGUCAUCCCCAGGACGCCGUGGCGCCACCACGCCCGCCGCCGCUGCCCUGCUCUCCGCCGCCACUGAGCCACUAUGGCACCUGCCCACGCCCAUGGAUUUGGAUAUCGAGCCGGAGGAGCUGCGACUGCCCACGGACUCUGAAGCAGGGGUGGGACAGGAGCAGAAAAAGGAGGCGGCCGCGUCGUAUGUCCUCCAGGGUGUGGUGUCGCCAGUUCCCGCGCGAGGUGGUGCGUCAGUAGCAGGAAACUGGAUGCGGUUGUUCCUGGUUGUGGACACCAACGUGCUACUGCGCCAGGACGGCUUGGGGCUGCUACAGCGGCUUCAGCGGCUUAUUGCGCCGCGGCCGAAGGCCGCGUCAGCGGCAGGAGAACAUGGCGGCAGUGGUGGCGAGGGCCACGACAGAGGCAGCAGUGUCGACGCUGGGGAGGGCAAGACUGUCGACGGCAGCGGUGCUGCGGCGGCUGCUCUGAGCUGUGUGGCGGUCAUUCCCUGGACUGUGUUGGCGGAGCUGGAUGGGCUCAAGGGCGGCCGGCACCGGCGCGGCAGGAGACCAGGUAUAUGGCGGGACUGCGGGCUGCGUAGGGUGGGGGUCCGGAUGGGAUAUGCGAGUAGUGAUGGGCGACUAGAUGGACGGACGGACGGCUCAGGUGGCGGAGGGCCAACAGGCAACGACGGUAGCAGCGAUGACGGAGAUGGUCGUCCGGUGGCGGUAAUGGCGCGGAAGGCAGUCUCGAUGCUGCUGUCGGCCAUGGAGUCUGGGGACACGUUUUACCGCGGCCAGACGCUGCAGCAGUUUCGUGCGGCUAGCUGCCACCCUGGGGCAGCCAUACCGCUAGGUGCCAACAGUAUCAGCAACGACGACAGAAUCCUGCAGUGCUGCUUACACCUGCAGAGUGAGCUGUCGUCCAUGGCUUCCACCACCGUCCGCGCCAACCGCGUAGCCCUGCUGUCCAACGACAACAACCUGUGUGUCAAGGCCCGAGUGUGCGGCGUUCCAGCCACCUCCAUUGGCCAGCUCAUGGCCCAGCCCGAAUUCCCCAGUGGCGGUAUUGGCGGCACCGGAACCGCGUAUCGGAGCCGCCUGCGUUCACUGGACGGUUCGGUUUCGGGGCCGCAGCAGCAGCAGCAGCAGCAACAACAACAAAUAGAGGCGGCGCUGAGGCGUCUGGCGCACCAGCAAGCUGCGUCUGUAUCGAUGUUGUCGCCGGCGACGGGCAUGGCGAAGACGGCCGCUGUCGUGGAUGCCGACGGCGACGCGGCCAUGUCGGUAUCGGCGCCGUCGUCGCCGCCGACUGCGGCCCCUACUUGCUCCAGCUCCCAGGGCGCUCCGAGCGCCCCGGCCUCUGGUGGCGCUGUCAGCGAUACGUCCGGGCCCUUUGUCGUACGAACGCAUGACGUUUUGCAUGCCGCCAGUAAUGGCCCGCUGGGUCUGGCCCGCAAUACUACCGGCUGGUCGGACGGGAACGGCUUUGGCGACGGCGGUGGUGGCAGUGGCGGGGGCGGUACGGCGGGCGAGGCGCUGGUGGGCAGCCUGGUGGGGGAGUUUGACCUUGAUGAGGCAUCUGACCCGCUGGUUUCGGCGCUACACGCGGAGCUGCAGCGGUUGACCGUGGCGCUAGCGCCCGUACUGCGAGACAUCCUGGUGGAGGAGUACGAGGAGCUGUGGACGGGAGUUGUCGUACGACCCCCUCCCUGGAGUGGUGCUGACGUGCUGGAGGUGCUUCACCGUCACCUGGACAGCGUGUUUGUGGAGCGCAUGGGUCGGGCCUCGGCUCGGCAGCUUAGGCCGAUGCUGGAGGCCAUGAUAAAGGACGUCAGGUUUUUCGAGCGGGGCAAGGGGCGGUCUCGCCGCGAUGUGCGCUACCUCAAGGUGGCAGAGGACUUCAGUCGCGGGGUGUCGGACAUCCUGCAGUCCUUCGGUGUGGCGCCGCCGCCCGCGCCACCCCUGCCAGAGGCCCUGCUAGCGAUGCGCGGCGGUGUGCUGCCGUCGUUGGCGUCCUCUGGCACCAGACGGGGCAGCAGCAGCGGUGGCGGCAUAAUGGGUGGCGGUGCCGCCGCCGCUACGUCCGCCAACUUACGGCCUGACGCUUACGGCACUGGCACUUACGGCCACGGUGGUGGCCGCGCUGGCGCAGCACAUGCGGCAGCGGCAGCCGUGCCGCGGGCUGGUGGUGGCGGUAGCGGCGGCAGUGGUAGCGGCAGUGGAGGCAGUCAGGGGCAGUCGCACACCCUGCACCCAGCUGCAGUGCGGGCGGCUGCAUUGGCACAAUCCAUAGGGCUUUCUGUCAACCUGGACGGCGCGAAGGCCCGCAGAAGCAGCGGCGGAGGCGGAGGCGCAGCCGCACGAGCAGUACGAGCAGCGGCAGCUCAGGCAGCGAGCGGGGCGGCGGCUGCGAGUGCAGAGAGAGCCACUGGCGCUGCGGCGGGGAAGCGCAAUCAGAGCAACGCGGACCCGGGUGCUAGGCCUUCGGCUGCUGGUGUCGCUGCGGCUGCGGACGUUCAAGCCAAGCUGCUAACCGCCGCCGCUGCUGCUGCCGCUGCUGCUGCCGGACCUGGCGGUGACCCGCAGCUGGCCCAGUUGCUGCAGCAGCUCAUGCUCGUGCAGCAGCACACACAACAGCAGCAGCAAAUACAACAGCAACAGCAAAUACGAAAGCAGGAGCAACAGCAGGAGCAACAGCACCAAAUGCAGCAGCAACAGCAGCAGGUUGGUGCUAUGGCUCCUGUGCAAAUUAUGCGUGCUGUCAGCGAAAACGGCUUCCACAGCUCGGCUGCACAACUACAGUGGCAACAGCAACAGGCGGUAAUGCUGCAGCAACAUUGGCAAAUGCAGGCGGCACAGCAGCAGCAGCAACAACAGCAGCAGCAGCAAGUGCUCCAGCGUUUCCACAGCGACCCGCCACCGGCAGCAGAUGCCACGGGGGACCCCGCCGCGGCGACACUGGCCUCCCUUGCGACCAUGUCCAGCGUUCCGUUGGAAACCAACCAGGCCACCCAGCAGCUGACGCAGGCUGAGGCCACCGCGCACCAGCUGCAGCUGCUGCAGCUCCAUCAACAACAACAACAGCAGCAACAACAGCAGCAAGCGGCAGCGGCAUGGCAGCAGCUGCUGGCCCAGCGCGCGGCAGAGGAAGCGGAGGCACGGAAGGCCCACGCUCAGGCCCAGGCGCAAGCUCAGGUGCAGCACUUGGCGCGCGUCUCCAGCAGUGGCGGCGUCGUCCUGAGCCCCACUGGCUCCAUGGUGAUGAAUCCAGGGGGCCCUCCCGCUCCCACAGCCGCCUGGCAGUCCCUUCUUGUGGAGACCCAUCAGCGUCAGCAGCUGCAGCAGCAACAACAACAACAACAGAUGUUGCUGCUCCAGCAGGCUGCUGCUGCGGCGGCGGCGGCGGGGGGUGGUGCGGCCGCUGCCCCGGCGCUGGAGGGUAGCGCCGCCGGCACUGCAGCGACGUCGCCGGAGGUGCUCGCACUGCUGCAGCGGGCGCUCUUUCCUGAGCAACAACAGCAGCCGCAGCAGCAUCGCCAGCACCACCAUCAGCAGUAA